CAGCAGAACUAUUUAUGUUCUGAGGAUAUUUCAGACCAAGGCUUCUGCUACUGCAUCAGUCAACAAAUAUUGAAUCUCAUCCUGAGUUUUAUUAUUUCUUACUUGGUUAAUAGCUAGUAACAUCUUGAAUAUUUUGAAAUAGUCUACACCAUUCAUUCAUUCCCAGCUAACUGGGAUUGUGCUGCAACUUGUUUGUAACUGGGACACACACUAUUAUUUUUCUGUACAAUGAGUGAUUUGUCGUCAAUGUCCCUCGUCGUUUAUUAGGCUCCCCGAAUAUAACACCAGAGUAUUCGUGCCAACGGAAUCGAAAGACUUAAUUUGCAGUUUAUUGGUAAGGUUGCACGGAGCGACUGCGAAACAGUGCAGCGUCGGAUGACGUCAAACCCACCUGACAACCCGGAAGUAGGGUUGUCCGUUCGCUGGCGCACAGAGCUAACGCUGCCGCAUAUCGUAUGCCACUGGAAGACAUGGGGGCUGUGUCUCUCAGCCAUUACUGACAGCGGCACAGCUGAGAGUCCGUGAAGAAUUUGAAAUAUCAGAGCAGAGCCCUCUUCAUACUAAGCUGCUAGGUCCGGCGUGAACAUGGAGUCUAUGCUGAACAAGCUGAAAAGCACCGUCACCAAGGUGACGGCCGAUGUCACCAGCGCCGUCAUGGGCAACCCGGUGACGCGAGAGUUUGAGGUUGGACGACAUAUUGCCAGCGGGGGUCCUGGCUUGUGCUGGAGGAUCUACAACGGCACCAAGAAGUCCACCAAACAGGAGGUAGCAGUGUUUGUGUUUGAUAAGAAGACGAUUGAUAGGUAUCAGAAAUUCGAGAAGGACCAAAUCGUGGAUUCGCUGAAAAAAGGGGUGCAACAGCUGACCAGGCUGCGUCACCCACGCCUCCUCACGGUGCAGCAUCCUCUGGAGGAGUCACGAGACUGCCUGGCGUUCUGUACAGAGCCGGUCUUUGCCAGUCUGGCCAACGUUCUCGGCCAGUGGGAGAAUCUGCCCAGCCCCAUGCCCAACGACAUCAAGGAGUACAAGCUAUACGACGUGGAGACCAAGUACGGCUUGCUGCAGAUCUCAGAGGGUUUAUCCUUCCUCCACGGUGGGGUUAAAAUGGUCCAUGGCAACUUGUGUCCAGAGAACAUCAUCCUCAACAAAAGCGGCGCGUGGAAGAUCAUGGGCUUCGACUUCAGCAUCUCCACCACCAACCCCUCAGAUGCCGAGCCCAAGUACACGUGUAAAGAGUGGGAGCCCAACCUUCAUCCACUCUGCCUCCCCAACCCCGAGUACCUGGCCCCCGAGUACAUCCUGUCCGUCAGCUGCGACUCCGCCUCCGACAUGUACUCACUGGGCGUGGUCGUGCACGCCGUUUUCAACGAGGGCAAGCCUGUUUUCCAAGUCAACAAGCACGACAUAUUCAAGAGCUUCAGCAGGCAGCUGGACCAGCUGAGCAGCAUAAGUCCAACGGUGUUGAACAAGAUCCCGGAGGAGGUCAGGGAGCACGUCAAAAUGCUGCUCAGCAUCACUCCCAACGUCCGACCGGACGCGGACCAGAUGACCAAGAUUCCUUUCUUUGAUGACGUGGGCGCUGUGACCCUGCACUACUUUGACUCCCUCUUCCAGAGGGACAACCUGCAGAAGUCCCAGUUUUACAAAAGCCUCCCCAAAGUCCUGCCCAAGCUACCCAAGAGAGUGGUGGUGUAUCGUAUCUUGCCGGCACUGACCUCAGAGUUCGUCAACCCGGACAUGGUGCCCUUCGUGCUUCCCAACGUGCUGCUGAUCGCAGAGGAGUGCACCAAGGAGGAGUAUGUUCGUCUCAUCAUGCCUGACCUCACGCCCGUUUUCAAGCAGCAGGAGCCCGUUCAGGCUAGUAAUAUGAUCCUGCUGAUAUUCCUGCAGAAGAUGGACCUACUGUUGACCAAGACUCCGUCGGAGGAGAUUAAGAACAGCGUGCUUCCCAUGGUCUACAGAGCGCUGGAGGCUCCCUCUGUGCAGAUCCAGGAGCUGUGCCUGAACAUCAUCCCGACGUUUGCCAACCUCAUCGACUACCCGUCCAUGAAGAACUCCCUGAUCCCUCGAGUCAAAUCGGCCUGCCUGCAGACCUCGUCCCUCGCCGUGCGGGUGAACUCUCUUGUCUGUCUGGGGAAGAUUUUGGAAUACCUCGACAAGUGGUUUGUGAUAGAUGAGAUCCUGCCCUUCCUGCAGCAGAUCCCCUCCAGGGAGCCGGCGGUGCUGAUGGGCAUUCUGGGCAUCUAUAAGUGCACCUUCAGCCACAAGAAGUUGGGCAUCCCCAAAGAGCACCUCGCCACCAAGAGCCUGCCCCACCUUGUCUCGCUCAGUAUCGACAACAACCUCAACCUCAACCAGUUCAACUCGUUCAUGGCGGUGAUUCGGGACAUGCUGAGUCGCAUGGAGGCUGAACACAAGACCAAGUUGGAGCAGCUGCACAGCAUGCAGGAGCAGCAGAGGAGUAUAAACAUCUCAAGCCCAAGGAGCCAAUCGGAGACGACCACGAGCCCACCCAGCAGCGGCAAACAGAUUGAUGAUAUCUUUGGCAGUACGGGGGCUAACGGGAGAGAGAACGGCUCUGCAGCAGCGCCAGCCCCGCAGCCUAACAGAAUGUCCCUGACCUUAGAGGAGAAGCAGCGAUUGGCUAAGGAGCAGGAGCAGGUGGCCAAACUGAGGAACCAGCAGCCACUGGCGCCGCAGAGCAUCAAACCAGCCAACAGCAGCAACGCCAAGACGAAGGACCUGACGAGCAGCCUGCUCAACAGCAUGACGUCCCUGAGCGCCAUGUCCCUGGCCGGCGCGGCGCGACCAGCUCCGGCCAUCUCCACCUUCCCCUCCAGCGGCCCGAUGAUGGGCUCGAUGGGCGCCCCCGUCUCCAACGGCUUCAACGCGCCCAUGGGCUUCCAGGCGGGCGUCAUGGGCAUGCGGCCCGGCGGCGCCGGCCUCUACGGGGGGAUGGCCACCGCCACCAGCACCCCGAACUUUGGGGCCCUGGCGCCGAGUCAAGGAUCCAUCGGGCAGACGAACAAAGCCCCCGACCUGUCGGCCCUGGACAGCCUUUUCACUCCCAACCAGACCAAAGUCACCCUCAACCAAAUGGGUCCCAAGGCCGCACCCGGCGCCAAUGCCCCGUGGCUCAAUCAGUACAGUUCGGCCCAGACCGCUCAGACCGGGGCGCAGGGCGCGGCGGGGGCCAUGGGGGGGGUUCCCAGCGGCUUCGGGAUGCAAGCGAACCCCUUUUUCAGCCCGCAGAACUUUUCUCAACCCGCGGCCGCCGCUAACCUGAGCCAAAGUGGAGUUAAACAUAGCGCAUCCGUCAACAACGACCUCAAAGACUUGUUUGGCUAAUAUUUAAAAAAAAAAAAUAGAUUCCGGGUUAAGUAUAUAUUCUUUUAGGGACUUUGGGACAGAAGAGCUGUGGAAUUCACCCGGAUCGAGACAAUGGUUGAAUGUGAAGAUUUCCAAUCCUUCCGAGCGUCUCGUCCGGCUUUUUUUAACAUGACCUGGUGUAAAUUCUCACUUUCAGCUGGCAUCUUAACCCCGCGCCUGAAUUCCAUUUCUACUGGACGCGGGAGCUUCUUCCUCUAUGCUGUGUUCUCUAAAUGCUGACUGUUUCCUACUGUUUUCUACUUGACAUUCUUGGGGAUGUCGUGGGUUGAGAUUAAUCUCGACCAUUCUCCGUGAAAGGUUUUGUGUUCAUAUCAUGAGGUGUUGAGUGGAUUUCACUUCCUGAACCAGUUGGAUCAGAAUCGGCCCUCACCAUAGGUGGACAAAAAAAAAAAAAAAGAAC